CCUCUCUUUUUAUUAUAUCUCUCUCUCUUCUAAUCAACUACAGUCUUUCUAUAUUCUUUAGCCGGUAAAAAAUGGUUGAGCAGAAAAAGUUUGCACUGUUUCUAGCGACUCCUGAUUCAGAGUUCGUGAAGAAAGAGUAUGGAGGAUACCACAACGUGUUCGUGUCCACGUUCGGAGACGAAGGAGAGCAUUGGGACUCGUUUAGAGUCGUAGAGGGCGAGUUUCCGGACGAGAAAGAUCUUGACAAGUACGAUGGUUUUGUUAUUAGCGGAAGCUCUCAUGAUUCAUUCGAGAAUGAUCCUUGGAUCCUUAGGCUAUGUGAGAUCGUCAAGAAACUUGAUGAGAUGAAGAAGAAAAUUCUUGGCAUCUGCUUUGGUCACCAGAUCAUAGCCAGAGUAAGAGGAGGAACAGUGGGAAGAGCAAGGAAGGGACCAGAACUUAAGCUUGCAGACAUAACCCUCGUGAAAGAUGCGAUUAAACCGGGAAGUUUCUUUGGUAACGAGAUUCCUGAUACAAUAGCUAUUCUAAAACUACACCAGGAUGAAGUGUUAGUGUUGCCUGAAAGUGCCAAACUACUAGCUUAUUCCGAGAAGUAUGAGGUGGAGAUGUUCUCCAUUGAGGAUCAUUUAUUCUGUAUUCAAGGACAUCCCGAGUAUAACAGAGAGAUUCUCCACGAGAUCGUUGAUCGUGUUCUUCGUCUUGGCUUCAUCAAGGUUAGCUUUAUUCCUAUUAUCCCCAUUUACAGAAACUAUAAUGUAGAAAAAAAAGUACAAAAUGAGAACUUCAAGUUUUGGUUUAGUGACUUGAGUUUAGUACACCUCAUUGUAGAUGUUAGUUGAACCAAUAUUACAUUAUUUACAUCAUGUGGAUACUGUUGCCUUGCUUUUAUAAAGUUAUGAUCAUUAUAGAAAAAGGUUUAACAAUAUUUAUAUACUUUUUUUGUUUAUAAAAUAUAGUAUUUUUACGAUAAACCAUGAAUUGGUUUUGCAGCAAGAUUUUGCGGAUGCGGCAAAGGCCUCGAUGGAGAAUAGGGGAGCAGACAGGAAAUAUUUGGAGACUAUUUGCAAGAAUUUCCUCAAAGGCAGAGUUCCAGCUAAUUAGUUUCACUCCCAAAUAAUCUACUUGUCUCUUAUUAUAUUGGAGCAUUUAGAUUUAUUAUCUUGCUGUAUUCUUAUUCGAUAUAUAAUCAUAACCUAUGAUUCUCAUCCUUGUCGAGAAAACAAAAACUCCUAUUAAUCUCAUAAUGUAAUAUUUAUGUGUUGUAUUGUACCCA